AUGAAGAUGGAAAACUGCACCAGGGUAAAAGAACUUAUCUUCCUUGGCCUAACUCAGAGUCAAGAAGUGAGUGUGGUUCUGUUUCUCUUCCUACUUCUGGUGUAUGUGACCACUCUGCUAGGAAACCUCCUCAUCAUGGUCACUGUGACCUGUGAACCACGUCUUCACACACCCAUGUAUUUUUUGCUCCGCAACCUGUCUGUUGCCGACAUCUGCUUUUCCACCGUCACAGCUCCCAGGGUUCUGGUCGACCUUCUCUCACACAGGAAGACCAUCUCCUUCGAUGGCUGCUUCACUCAGAUGUUUUUCUUCCACCUUAUUGGAGGAGUAGAUAUAUUUUCUCUAUCUGUGAUGGCAUUAGAUCGAUAUGUGGCCAUCUCUAAGCCCCUGCACUAUGUGACCAUCAUGAGCAGAGGCCGUUGCAUUGGGUUCAUAGUGGCCUCCUGGGUGGGGGGCUUCGUCCACUCUAUUGUGCAGAUUUCUCUCUUGCUCCCACUGCCCUUCUGUGGCCCCAAUGUUCUAGACACUUUCUACUGUGAUGUCCCCCAGGUCCUCAAACUCGCCUGCACAGACACCUUUGCUCUUGAGCUCCUGAUGAUUUCCAACAAUGGGCUGCUUGCCACAGUAUGGUUUUUUCUGCUCCUUUUAUCCUACAUGGUCAUAUUAUUAUUACUAAGGUCUCAGGCAGGGGAGGGCAGGAGGAAAGCCAUCUCCACCUGCACCUCCCACAUCACUGUGGUCACUCUACACUUUGUGCCUUGUGUCUAUGUCUAUGCCCGGCCCUUCACUGCCCUCCCCACAGAUAAGGCCAUCUCUGUCACCUUCACAGUCAUCUCUCCUUUGCUGAACCCCUUGAUUUACACUCUGAGGAACCAGGAGAUGAAGUCGGCCAUGAAGAGACUCUGGAAAAGACUUGGACCUUCUGAUGGACUAAACCAGUAG